AUGUUGAGCUACAUAUAUGAUCAAGAUUAUGAUGAUUGCGAUUGUGAAAUUGAAUUUCUUCAUUUAUCAGAGAAAUUUCGUACUAAUCACUUUAAACUUCUUUACGAGAACGUUCCGAUUCAGUCGACUGAUAUCGAACAAACUAGAGCUAAAGAAGGCAAUAUAAAGUCAAUAUUUGAAAAACAGUUCUUUAAAUUAUGCUUCAUUGAAUUCGCUGUCGUUGUUCACAAUUUUUUUAUGCUCCGCAAAGUCCACGCUGAACAUAAACGAGGCAUAAAAAGAGUUGAUAAAAAAAUUGUUUGUGAAUUGAAAUUUAUUCGGAGAGAUUUUAUCGGUGAAUUGAGAGACGGUUCGCUGCAAAAAGAUCGGAAGUUAAAUUUAUUGCGGGAGCCACCUGAUGUCGAAAAUGAAUUUAUUGGAUUUCCUUUCCUUUGUCUGUGUUUAGUGUUAUCGGAAAUUUAA